AUGGCUAUAUUCGAGGUGAUGACGAUGGCCAGUGUAACAAUACUGCAGAAAGUUGUAAAUUCCUCCCUUCUUUCGUAUAUUUCACAGUGGCGCAAGUUCAACUUUUUCGACCUCCGUCAGGGAGUGGAUAAAGAUAACGUAUCCGGGGCGUUACAGGGCGCAAAGAUUACUGCAACGGCAAACGGUACCAGCUUGAUAGUGAUAUGCGAUUCGAACGGAUAUAUUCACACAUUCAGCCGCACUUGGUCGGUGAUCAGCUUCAAGGGCCACGAAGGCUCGAUACUGCUGUGCGACAUAGCGAAACCGAACAAUCUGCUCGUGACGGUGGGCGAAGACAUUAACGGUCCAUCAUUUAAGGUAUGGAACCUAUCGAAAGUGUCCGCCGCCAAUGGUGCACAAUGUUUGCGUACGGUGCGCACGAUGGUAUCGGUUCCGACGGCGCUGGCCGUCUCGGAGGGCGGCCAGUUUAUGGCGAUCGGAUUUGCCCAGGGCAAUAUAUCACUGUACCGUGGUGACAUAAGCCGGGAUCGAUCGAAAACACUGAAGCAGCUUACGGCCGGUACGAGCGACAUUGUUGGCAUCGCGUUCAAGCACUGCCACAAACACACGCAAAUGUUUGUCUGCUCCAGCUCGGGCGUGUAUCUGUACAAUCUGCACAGCCGCGACAAGGAGAUACGCGUGAUACUGGCUACGAUCAAGAAACCGGUCGGUUGCUGUGCGUUACAGACCGGACACAACGAGGGCCACUUUAUGGUGGGACUGGACGACGCAGUGUACUGCUACACCUCGGACGGUCGUGGUCCGUGCUAUGCGCUCGACGGCUCGAAAACGCUGCUCCACUGGUACCGGUCCCAUUUGCUGGUGGUGAUGCGCAAUCCGAGAAGUCCGGGUGGCUUUAAUCUUACCGUGAUCGAUAUACAGAACAAGUUUAUCGUGUUCACGUCGCCGAUCGAGGAAGUAUCGGCGAUCCUAACCGAAUUUGGCACCUGUUACAUACUGACCGAGGCCAAACAGGUGCUUCAUCUCGAUGAGAAAGAUCUGCAGAGCAAGCUGAACGUGUUGUUCAAGAAAAAUCUGUACGACAUUGCGGUGCGUAUUGCAAAGUGCAACCAGUACGAUGCCGAAGGUUUGGCGGGCAUUUUCAAGCAGUAUGGUGACCAUCUGUACAGUAAGGGCGAUUUUGCCGGUGCAGUGGAACAGUAUGCGAAAACUAUUGGCCAUCUGGAGCCGUCGUACGUGAUACAGCGCUUCCUAGACGCUCGGCACAUCCACUUUCUGACGGAUUAUCUGCAAACUAUACACGCACAGGGACGAGCGACGGCGGAUCAUACGACGCUGCUCCUUAACUGUUUCACCAGGCUCGACCGGACGACCCAGUUGAAGGAAUUUUUGAAAAACGAUCAAAAGUCUAAUCUGUUCGAUAUCGACGUAGCGAUCAAGGUGUGUCGCGAUGCAUCGUACGUUGACGAAGCGCUCCAGCUGGCAAAAGCGCACCGGAAGCAUGACGCUUGCCUGAGCAUUCUGACGGAAGACAUGGGCCAGUUUGAAGAAGCUUUAAGCUACAUCGAAUCACUUGCUUGUACCGACGCAGAACGGAUCAUAAAACGGUACGGUUCGGUACUGAUGAGCAACUGUCCCUCGAGAACGAUAGUACUGCUGAAGAAACUGUGCACAGAGCAUGCUACCAAACGGGACUCGACGCAGGGUAGGGACGCACUAACGGUAGCGGACCUACUGUCCGAUGUGAAUCUAAACGAUGAACGUGGCCACGGCAAUCCGGAAGAGUUUAUCCAUCUGUUUGACGAUACGGAGCUGUUGAUCGAUUUCCUGGAGCACCUGAUACGGUUCGUGCCUGCCAGCAGCCAGUCUGUGUACAGUGCGCUGAUCGAGCAUUAUCUCUACAAAUGGAAGGAAAGCCCGGUGGUGGAAGAAAAGUUGCUGGAUCUGUUAAAAUACAACACGGAACGGUACGACAAAAAUCAUGCCCUGGCACAGUGCCGCGUGUACGAGUUUUGGCCGGGCGUGAUGUAUCUGUAUGAGGAGGACAAGCUUUACCAUCUCAUCAUACGGCACUAUCUGAGGCAUCGGCAGUACGACGAGCUGUUGGCGUGCUGCCGCAAGCUGGCCCACAACAAUGCCUCGCUGUGGCUGCUUACACUAAAUGGCCUUAAAAAUGACGCGCAAGCUCCGGCACAUUUGUUUAAUCAGAUACUGCAAGUGAUUUCACAAAAAAGACUUCAAGCACCGUUGCAAGUGUUGGACUGUUUGGCUGUAGAGAAUGGUCCCACUUUCCUCUCGGUGAAGGACUACUUUAUGCAGGUGUUCCAAAAAGAGCAGGACACGAUCCGUAGCGAGGAGGAGCAAGCGCGAACCUAUAGGGAAGAAUCGGCCUCUAUCAAAAGAUACAUCAAGCAUCUGCAGGAGGGCAACGUGGAGUUUCAAAACACAACCUGUGAUGCGUGCAAACAGCCACUAUCGAUGCCGGCCCUAUUUUUCCUCUGUAAACAUUCCUACCAUCAAGACUGCAUUCGAAGCUACACCGAUACGGAGCGGGAUUGUCCUGUGUGCAAUAAGAACAACAUCCAGCUGAUCGAGGCGUUACGCGCACAGAGCGAGGCGCGCGAUCAGCACGAAAUGUUUCACGAUCUACUCGACCGCUCGCCGGAACCAUUUUCCGUUGUGGCGGACUAUUUCGGGCGAGGCCUAUUCAACAAGUUGCUUAUCGUCGAGGAAGGAGAUCCACAAAUGGAUAUUGUGGAACAACCGAAACAACCAGAAGGAGCAAAGGCUACUAGCUCUACUGCAACGUACGAACCACGCACUGCAGUUACACAACCUGCCCCUUACGCUAGCGAAGCAAGACUCCGCCAGGAAGAGGGUCGAUCGGCCCAGAUUCGUAUCGAAUCGCAAGAAAGUGAGAUGCGCCUCCGGGUAAUGGAACAGGAACGUAUCAGACAACGUCAGCAGGCAGCCACAAUCGCCCAACAGCAGAUGAAGCUGCGUGACGAUCGCAGUCCAAAGAUGCAAUCACCCUACGGUAGUCCACGGCCGGCGGCCAUGCCUGAUCUAAGCAGGCAGGUACUGAAUCCAUUCGAAAAAGCAAACGUUCCAAUCAGCAGUGCGAAAGAUAUCGCAAAAAUACCGAUCGCCAGCACGGCACGCAAUCCGUUCGAUGAGGACGAAACGACGGGUGGCUAUGAUAGUACCAAAAAUCCGUUUGACGAAGGAAAACCAUCAAAAACGGAUCGAUCCGCCGCUGCCAAAAAUCCGUUCGAGGAGGAGUACGACAGUAAGUUGGAUCCGUUUGCGGAGUAG